CAGCCUAGGUGGCCUUGGGCAAGCUGCACACUCGUCCCAGAGCACCACCAGAAGAAAGGACUGUGCAACCACUUUUGACGAUUUUGGACCUGGAAAACACCGGGAAGGGCUGACAUGAGUCAACAUCCACUUGAUGGCAGAUCAAUGUUAUUGUUGAAUUCCCAUACCUUUUGAAGGCAUUAAGGAGAUCUCCUUUUAUGCUGUUGGUGGCUGUCGUGGAGCAAGGCUUGAACAUGGAAGAUGAGGACCUGGCUGGCUCUCAAGCAGGAAGAAGCCAUCGAGUUGCCCAGACUGGACCUGACAGCAGUAGGGCAUGCUGGGAAAGUGCAAUGAAGAGGAUUCUCGGAAAAUAUACCAUUGGAUCCAAAGAGCCAUGUGAGCUCUUUAGGCAGUUUUCAUACCAGGAGGCUGAAGGGCCUCGAGAGGUUUGGAGCCAACUCCGCGCUCUGUGCUGUCAAUGGCUGAAGCCGGAGCAACACACGAAGGCUCAGAUCUUGGACCUGGUGAUCCUGGAACAGUUCCUGGCUGUCCUUCCCCAGGAGAUGGAGAGCUGGGUCAGGGAAUGUGAGCCAGAAACCUGUUCCCAAGCGGUGGCCCUGGCUGAGGCCUUCCUUGUGAGCCUGGUGGAAGAGAAGAAACAGGAAGAUUUACAGGUGCUGUCAGCCAAAUUGACUUCUGAUUUUUGUGAAGCAAGGAGAACUCCAUCGGAUACCAGACAGAGAUUGCUUUUCUGGGGGACCGGCCGAGAGAGCGAAAGAACUACCCGUUCAUUAGGUGGUGGAACGCCACUGGCAGUGCCUGUUCAGUCACCUCCUCCUGGCUAUGGAGUGGAAGUCGCUUCUGCGCAGCCAGAUCAGGGCCCAGUAACCUUUGAGGAGGUGGCAGUCUGUUUCACAGUGGACGAAUGGGCUCUGUUGAACCCGAGCCAAAGAGCUUUGCAGAGGGACGUCAUGGAGGAGAAUUACGGGAACCUGGCUUCUCUGACAGGUGAUAGCAGGAAGAGCCACAGUGAGGAAGAAUCUUACCGAGAAUACUUAGAAAGACUCAUAUGUACCGAAGGGGGAAAGGAUAGAAGGGAUACAGAGGCAAAACAGACAAAGAGGAGCAAAUCCUUUGCUUCCAAAGAUGUUGAGAUCUAUGAAAGAACAGAUAAUGAAAAGAAAAGAAGUAUGUGUAGCAUAUGUGGGAAAAACUUCAGUCGUAAAUCACACCUUAAUGAACAUACACGCAUUCACACUGGGGAGAAACCAUAUAAAUGCUCCGAGUGUGGCAGAAGCUUUCGGCGGAGCUCAGACCUUACCUUCCACCAGCGAACCCAUUCAGAAGAGCAACCCUUCAAAUGCUCUGAGUGUGGCAAGAUCUUCCGAAGCAGUUCAGACUUGAGGACUCACAAACGAAUCCACACAGGGGAGAAACCGUACACGUGUUCGUUGUGCGGGAAGAGCUUCAGCCACAGCAUCAGCCUCCAUUCUCACCAAAGAACCCACACUGGGGAGCAGCCCUUCAAAUGCGGGGUGUGUGGGAAAAGCUUCACUCGGAACACGGGCCUCACUCUGCACCAGCGUCUUCACACGGGGGAGAAGCCCUAUGCCUGCACCUUGUGUGGGAAGAGUUUCAGCUACAGCAAAAGCCAUGCAAUCCACCUGAAAGUCCACGCAGGGGAGAAGCCGUACACAUGUCCCGAGUGCGGGAAAAGCUUCAUAGGCAGUUCCUAUCUUAAAUCCCAUCGGAGAAUUCACACAGGGGAGAAGCCGUACACGUGCCUAGUGUGUGGAAAGAACUUCCGGUGGAGCACAAACUUUAACGAGCAUAAAAAAAUCCACACCGCCGAGAAUGCUGCUGUGCCUUGCACUUGCUCCUGCCCAGAAUUUGGCCACCCUAUCCUAUGCCAAAGGAAAGAAAUCACUUGUGACAGCAGGGGUGGCAACUGGCAGAAGAUCCUUCAAAUCCUAAUAGAGACUUUCCUUGAAUUUAAAAUGGAGGCAGAAGAAUCGGUUGGUCUUGACCCAGCAAAACGUCCUGAUGCAGCGGAAGCUAAGGGUGCUGGGGAGUACUGGGAGAAAGGGGCGAGGACGUUCCUUGGUGAGGACAACACCAGUUUGGACAUUCAGCGCCAGCACUUUAGACAGCUCCCCUACCAGGAGGCUGAAGGGCCCCGGAAAGUAUGCAGGCGGCUGCAUGAUCUGUGUCACCAGUGGCUGAAGCCAGAGCAACAUACAAAGGCUCAGAUGCUGGAUAUGGUGAUCCUGGAGCAGUUCCUCAACAUCCUUCCCCUGGAAUUAGGGCGUUGGGUGAGAGAAUGUGAGCCAGAAACCAGUUCCCAAGCAGUGGCCCUGGCUGAAGGCUUCCUCCUGAGCCUGGCAGAAGACCAGAAGCAGAGAGAUCAGGGUCUGUUAGCAGGGGCAGCUCUUCAUUUCCAUGCAGUGGACAAUGCUCCAGAGGAGGCAAGAAAUCAAACAAGCUCGGGUAGCAGCAAGGUGUUUGGUGAUCUCAAUGGAGAUGGCGGGAAAUCUUUGGCCUCACCCGCUCCAUUAUCUGCUCCUAGUGAUGAAUUAGAAGUAACCUCUGUGAGGUCAGAUAAGGUUCCGGUGACCUUUGAGGACGUGGCUGUGUGUUUCACAGAGGAGGAGUGGGUGCUGCUGGAUCCAGGCCAGAGAACCCUGCAGUGGGAGGUCAUGCUGGAGAAUUAUAUGAAUCUGAACUAUCCCGCUGAUGAUGCCUUGGACGAUGAGGAAAAAGAAGAAUCAUGCAGAGUGUCCUUAAAGAAAGCUAGAGAUGUUGAGAGAACAGAGCAAAGUGAAGCAACAGAGACCGAAGCCGCACGGAAGAUGAGAAAAGAAUCCUUUUCUUCUGAAGGGGACGAUGACAUCCAGGAUGGCUUGAUUCAGGAGGAAAUAAAUGAUGGUGAUAUGUCCUUUGCAUCUGGAAACACUGACCUCCAAGAAGAAGCGAUGCUUGAAAGCAUCAGCCUGGAAGAAGAGACAAAUAAGUGCCGCAUGUGCGGGCAGAGCUCCUGUCAAAAAGCAUGCCAGAGGGCAUCGAAACGGAUUCCCCAGGGACUGAAACUGUACCAGUCCUCGUUCUGUGGAAGGACGUUCGGUAACAGCCAGAGUCACUCAAACCACUUAAAAUGGCACACGGGAGACAAACCAUAUGAGUGUGCCAUGUGUGGAAGGAAAUUCACGUCAAGUUUAGACCUCUGGUUCCAUCAGAGACGUUACAUAUAUUCCGACCAUAUGGCAUUGAAACAGAUUCCCCAGGGGCUGAAACCGUACCGGUGCUCAUUCUGUGGAAGGACGUUCGGUAACAGCCAGAGUCACUCAAACCACUUAAAGCGGCACAUGGGGUACAAACCAUACGGGUAUGCCGAGUGUGGAAGGAAGUUCACAUUGAGUUUAGACCUCCGGUCCCAUGUGGGAACGGGACUGAAGAUGGAAGAACCCGACGCGGCAGCUUCUGGGGCCGGAAGGAGCCUCCUGGACAUCCAGGCUGGAGACAAGACGGAGUUCUGUGAAAGAACAGUGGGGAAAAUUCAGGAUGAGGACGGCCUCAGUGCAAUCUCACAGCGCCAGCGUUUCAGGCGGUUCUGCUACCAGGAGGACGUGGGGCCUCGGGAAGUUUGCAGCCGACUCCACCAUCUCUGCCGUCAGUGGCUGAAGCCGGAGCAACACACCAAGGCUCAGAUCUUGGACCUGGUGAUCCUGGAGCAGUUUCUGACCAUCCUUCCCCUGGAACUUGGGAGUUGGGUGAGAGAAUGCCAGCCAGAGACCAGUUCCCAAGCAGUGGCCCUGGCAGAAGGCUACCUCCUGAGCCGAGCAGAGGACCAGGAGAAAGAGCAGCGGGUGAGAAGACAGGGCCUGCUGACAGGAGCUGCUUUUGAGGCACAGGAAGCUCCACAAAGCCUGUCCUUCAAGUGUAUACUGCAGGAUUGUCUUGUAGGCGCCUCCUCGCCAGGUGGUGGAAAGACGCGGGCAGUGCCCAUAGAGAUGCAUCUUCUUGGUGGUGGAUUGGAAGUCGCUUCUGCGCAACCAGAUCAGGAUCCAGUGAGCUUUGAAGACGUGGCUGUAUGUUUCUCUGAGGAGGAGUGGGCGCUGCUGAAUCCAGGCCAAAGGACCCUACAGUGUGAGGUUGUGGCAGAGAAUUAUGCAAACCUGAACUCUCUGACAGACGAUAUGUGGAAGAGCAGAAAAGAAGAUGCUCUGCAUGGAGAUUUAGAAAGAAUUAGAUAUCCAGAAGAGGAAGAACUGAAGAGAACCAUGGAAACCAAAGCUGAAGAGAAGCGGAAGGAUAGGAUCUUGAUUACUGAAGGUGGUGGCGUUCGUGAAACAAGAGUCCAAGGAAUGGCACACAGAGACAGCAUUUCCUUUCUACCUCAAGGACAAAUACCCUUAGAUGAAUUACAGAUCCAAGAAAAUAAAAAAGUUAAGUGUGAGGUAUGUGGGAAAAGCAUUAGUAAACCACAUAUGAGUAUACAUAAACAAAUCCACACAGGGGAGAAGCCAUAUGAAUGUUCAAGUUGUGGAAAGGGCUUCAGGCGGAGGGAAUACCUCAAGGCGCAUCAAAGUGUACACACGGAGGAGAAAGCGUACAAGUGCGUGGAGUGCGGAAAGGACUUCAAAUAUAAGAAAAAUAUGACAUUACAUCAGAAACUACAUACCUGGAAGAAAUUAUGGGAGUCUUCGGAGUGUGGCUCCGGCGAAGGCCUUCUGCUGCAUUGUAGCACCGGUGCAUAUGAGAAACCAUUUCCAUGUCCGUACUGUGGAAAGCGCUUCAACCGAACCGCAGACGUCAGAAUGCAUCAAAGAAUCCACACAGGGGAGAAACCGUACAAGUGCUUGUUGUGUGGAAAGAAUUUCACCCACAGUGCAAGCCUCAGUUCCCAUAAAAUAAUGCAUACAGAAGACAAGCCGUUUAGGUGCUCUGAGUGUGGAAAGAGCUUCCGUCGGAAUAGCUCUCUUACCAUCCAUCAGAGACUUCACACGGGGGAGAAGCCCUUCAACUGUUCAUUGUGUGGAAAGAGCUUCAGCCACCGAAGAAGCUACUCUCUCCACCUGAAAGUGCACACAGGGGAGAAACCGUUUACAUGCACAGACUGUGGGAAAGGCUUCAUAGAGCUUUCGUACCUUAAAACCCAUCAAAGAAUCCACACGGGGGAGAAACCGUACACAUGCUCACCGUGUGGGAAGAGUUUCAGGUGGCGCAAAUGCUUCAGAUUACAUAAAAAGUCCUGUGAAUCUGAGAAAUAACAGGAUUGUGGAUGGAAUAGAUGCCUAGAAUUCCUGUUAUGCAGUUCUGUGUGUAAUUCAUGUAUACAUUACUGAAACAGCGACGCCUGCAUUGGCUUGGGCAUGUUGUGAGGAUGGCUGAGA